AUGGCCCCUAAGAGAAAGUCUGACUCAUCAGAAUGCAAUUCUGCCAAGAAAGCUAGGAAGGCACUGACGUUGGAGAUGAAGAUGGAAGUAAUCAAGAAAUAUGAAGGUGGGAUGAAAGUUAAUUGUAUAAGCAGAAGUCUCCAUCUCUCCCACUCCACGGUCUCCACCAUUCUAAAGGACAAGGAAAGGAUUAAGGACGCAGUGAAAGGAGCAGCCCCAUUCAAGUCUACUAUUAUCACCAAACAGCGUGAAGGAACGAUAGCAGACAUGGAAAAGUUGUUAUUUACGUGGCUGGAAGAUAAUAGACAAAGAAAUGUGCAAGUGAUGUUGCGAGCAGUGCAAAGCAAGGCAACAAGUUUAUUUAAAAUGUUAAAAGAGAAAGGAGGUGAAGAAUAUGCUUCGUUGGAGUUUAUAGCGAGUGAUGGGUGGUUUCGUCGAUUCCGAGAUCGGUACCAAGUGCACCAUGUUCUGACGAAAGGCGAGGCUGCUAGCAGUGAUGCGCCUGCUGCUAAGGCAUUCGUUGAAGAAUUUGAUAAACUAAUUGUGAAAGAAGGAUAUUUGCCCGAACAGAUUUUUAAUGUGGACGAAACUGCCUUGUUUUGGAAAAAGAUGCCGAAAGGCACGUACAUAAGCAAAGAAUUCGCGAGUGCACCAGGCGCACUACGUAAGAAUUUCCUUUGA